AUGGCGGCGGCCGCGGGUUCUCCCUCAGGGACAGGGCGAGCAGCGGCGAGAUCUCGGCCAGCGCUCUCCCGGUUCCGGGGAUGUUUGGCUGGAGCGUUGCUGGGUGACUGUCUAGGUGCCGUCUUUGAAGGCAGGAGCGUGGUGAAACUCCCCGAUCUGCUGCAUUUCCUCCAAGGCCUGGAAUCGCCACCUGAGGAGGGGGACCCGGCCGGCAGCGCCCGCAGAGAAACACUUUCAUACACGGAUGACACUGCCAUGAGCAGGUCAGUGGUGCAGUCCCUGCUAGCCAAGAAGGAGUUUGAUGAAGUUGAUAUGGCCAAGAGGUUUGCUGAGGAGUACAAGAAGGAGCCCAACAGGGGCUAUGGGAUGGCUGUUGUCAAUGUCUUCAAGAAGCUCCUGAGCCCCAAGUGCAGUGACGUGUUUGAACCAGCAAGAGCCCAGUUCAAUGGGAAGGGCUCCUAUGGCAAUGGGGGUGCCAUGAGGGUGGCAGGCAUCUCUCUUGUGUACUCUGACACCCAGGAUGUGAAGAAGUUUGCGAAGCUGAGUGCAGAGUUAACCCAUGCCAACUCCUUGGGCUACAACGGGGCCAUCCUGCAGGCCCUGGCUGUGCACCUGGCUCUGCAGGGAGAGCUCAGCAAGGAGACCUUUCUGGAGCAGCUCAUUAGCCACAUGGAAGAUGUGGAGGCAGAUGAUAAGUCUCUUACUGAUGCCCGAGCGCUGGGAUUUGAGGAUUUACCCUUUUCAAGGCGUCUAAAGAAGAUAAAGGAAUUCUUGGAGCUCAGCAGUGUUCCCACAGCAGAUGUGCUGUUUGAAUUAGGCAACGGCAUCGCUGCCCUGCGCUCGGUCCCCACUGCCAUUUACUCCUUCCUGCGCUGCAUGGAGGGUGACCCUGAUAUUCCUGAUCACUACAGCAACCUGCAGAGGACCAUCAUCUACUGCAUCUCUCUGGGUGGAGACACAGACACCAUUGCUACUAUGGCAGGAGCCAUCGCUGGGGCAUAUUAUGGGGAGGAGCAGAUCCCUCCAAGCUGGGAGCAGAGCUGUGAAGCCUUUCAAGAGACACAGAAAAUGGCACAGAGCCUGCAUGAACUGUACUGCCAGAGGCUCUCAGGCCAUGGGCAGGCCGGGCUCUGA